CUGUAGAGGGAGGUAUAGGCAGUCCUUUUUUCUGGGGGUACACAGGGGUACACAUACCCCUAAACAUUUUGUGAAUCUGUUUGGCCUCAUUGAGGGGCAGUAUUUCAAUAUGAGUAGGAAAAUGAGAGUACCCCAAAACUUUUUUUAAAGAAAAAAAAGCACUGGCUAUAGGCAGUCCCAUAAUUAUGCCGAUCACUUGCUUAUUGCUCUGUCUUGAGUGUUAAAAGCACUUCAUAUGUCACUCUGUAGGUAAUCCUUGCAACAACUCUGUAAAGUUAGUAGUAUCCUCAUAUUUUGAGGAUCUGAGGCUUAGGGAAUAGUUGUUUGUCUAAGGCCACUUUGUGAGUCAAGGCAAGAUUUGAACUGUGGACAUCCUGAUUUCAGAAACCAGCUCAAGAGUGUCUUGUUUGAAAUCACAAAACAGUGAUGUGCAUUAAGCUUUUGGGGACUCUUUAAAUCAUGUCCUAUUGUCUAGUAUGUCUGUUGCGAGUUUACAGGGUUCCUGGUUUGUCACAGCUGAACUGCAAUUUAGAAUUAAUCAUUUAAACUAAGUGCCAGUGUGGGUGCGUGGAAGAACCUGUUUUCAGGGACAUUAUGCAAGUUCCAUGCUUUCUGCCUUUGUUUCCCUUAAAAAAAUGGCACUAUAAUGACCUACCUUUAUAGGAGUCAUGUAGAGAUGAUGAAGUCAAAUGAUAAAUGAUUAACACACUUCUGUUUACCUGUGAUAUCAGGGGCUUUGGCUUUUUACAGUCUGCUGCUGUCGAGGUGGGUUGUAACAAAAGUGGCUGAAAUGUAGCUUCUCAAAAUGACAGUUUCAUUGUGUUCUGUCUGGGUAAUUGGUUCUAAAACACUGUUCCCAAGCAAUGAAGGUUAAAUAUUUAGGGAUUUAAAUACUUUGAAAUAAAGGUUAAAUAUUUAGGGAUUUAAAUACUUUGAAAGGAAACUGGAGUCUCUUCGAAAAGCAGCUUUGACUAUAGUCAGAGUAAUGGGCUUCUAAAAGUUAAAAGGCUUUUUCUCCCCUCUAGUUUUUAAACUAAUUAUAGAAUUCAUUCACUAGUAGUUCAAGUGUUUAGCAUUAAAUAUUACGUGAAAGUCUGGCAGGCUAUACUUUAUUAAGGGAGUUUGUCAAAAUGAUUUGUCAGUUUCUUUUUCUCCCUUUCUCUCUUUUUGUAAUUUUUUUAAAAAACGAACUAAAUCAAUUUGCAAUGGUAAGUUUUGUGGGCGGUACCUAAUGAGAUAUCAGCCUAGGUGGGAACUGAGCAGGAUGUCUAGGGGCUCCCACAAAAACAUUUAAAAGGCCAUAUAAUGUUAAAUCAGCCAAAGGCUUGGUUAUACAUAGAGAAAUGUUUUUGCCUUUCACCUAAAGAUAUGAUAAUGUAUGUGUAAUAUUACCUUGUUCAUUAUUGGGGCAUUCAGAAGACCUCCUUCCCUAGAUGUCUCUCUGCUUGGAGAUUAAGAGUUGGCUCAGACUUGGGAGAGGGCCACUUUGGUGCUAACAUCCAAAUCUUAGAACUUUUUCUGAAACAUCUUUACCUGGUACCUUUUUUGCUCUUGUUUUUUAGGUGCACAGCGAAGACCAUCUAGUCCUUUCACAUUUUUUGUAGUAUGGAGUUCCUUUUAAUUGCCUUCAUGCUCUCUUUAUUUGGGCUUUUAAUUCCUGCCUCUGGUGUUUUGUCAUGUUGAUUUUAAUUAAAUUUUAGUAUGUAACCUUGUAAAUCACCUUGAAGUUAUCGGGCUAAAGGUGUGAUGGAAAUGCCAUAAGUUAACAGAACUCUGUUUUUAUCCCUAUCUAUUUUAAACAGUAGGCUAAUCUCCCUCUGGUAGUCUGAUAACGGGAUAUAAACCUAUGCUGUUAUGCUCAAGUGUACAGUACAUCGUUGCCUUUCCUGCUUGCAUUCUGUCCUAGGAUGCAGUGGCUGAUAGCUUCUCUUCUGAACUGAAGGUGCGACUUGAUUCAUACUUUAAACACUGCAACUUAAAAAUAACACAGUCACCCCAGUUUUUCACAAUAGAAUGCAUCCCUCCAGCACCAUAAGGCAAGUAACCCCAGCUGUUAAUAUUUAGUGAAGAAUCUGUUGAGUGUUCUAUCAGACAAAUGUUGGAAAUUGGAGAACUGAAGCACAUUAAAUACAUUGGAACACUUGAGCUAGUUUAUUAAAAGGAUUAACCAGCACUUGCAAACCUUAAGAACUAGAAUAAAGCAAACUGUAUGGAUAUAUUAUUACUUAAAUCAUUUAUUCCUUUUGGAUGUGUGCAGAACAGUUGCCUCUUCAGGGUGAGUAGUUUGCUAUCCUGGUAUCUGUAGGUUUGUUUCUGAAAUCAAUGCUAGAAUUGGACAUCUUCUGGUGUAGUGUACUUUCUGUCGACAUAGAAUAAAGUUGUAGGAUGCUUAAUCUAGUACCUCAUUCAUCAGAAGGUGGUGGGUUAUCCUUCUUUGGAGGUUUAUAAACCGAGGUUUGAUGGCCAGCGUUCAAGGAUUCUUUAGCUAUGAUUCCUGCAUUGAAGAGGGUUGGGCUAGAUGACCCUUGAGCAUCCCUUCCAGCUCUGUCAUUUUAUGAUUCUAUACAGCUUUGCAGAAGAAGAGUGGUUUUCCCCAAUCUCCCCCUGCCACCAUCAAAUAAAUUGAACAGCAGAAGAAAAAAACUUGGAUAAAUACUAGCUGGAAGCUUUUGAUCCCCCUCCUUCGCCACUGUUAGUGUGAGAGCGCUAGUUUCAGUACAGGACAUAGAAAUGAGACAUCUCAAGACUUUAACUUGGUUGCUGAGGUGUUAUGGCUUAUUCAUAAAACAUUCCAACUGCUGAACAACUCUUCCACCACCAAAUAUGUUGGGGCACUCGGGCUAGAGACCAAAGGAAGUAGGCAGCACUAGUUGGAUGUAACAGUAAACUAUGGUUUAGUGUUAUAUGCACAAGCCUUGAACUUGUGCAUCCUUCCCUCUCCUCUAGUAUGACAAUGAGGAGGAGGUUUGAUGCUUGUGCUUCUGUUUGUUUGUUUUUUGGAAAUGCAGUUCUUAAUUUGCUCCGGGGGGUGAGAGCGUAAUGACCAAACAGGACUCCUCAUUUUCAUUUUUAAUUCACCAUGGUUUCUUAUUUUGUCUGAACCUAGACACAUCGUUAAGGCACCGUUAAGGGACCCAGGUGGCGCUGUGGUUAAACCACUGAGCCUAGGGCUUGCUGAUCAGAAGGUCAGCGCUUCGAAUCCCAGUGACGGGGUGAGCUCCCGUUGCUUGGUCCCAGCUCCUGCCAACCUAGCAGUUCGAAAGCACGUCAAAAUGCAAGUAGAUAAAUAGGAACCGCUACAGCGGGAAGGUAAACGGCGUUUCCAUGUGCUGCUCUGGUUUGCCAGAAGCGGCUUUGUCAUGCUGGCCACAUGACCUGGAAGCUGUACGUCGGCUCCCUCGGCCAAUAAUGCGAGAUGAGCGCGCAACCCCAGAGUCGGUCACGACUGGACCUAAUGGUCAGGGGUCCCUUUACCUUACCUUUAGACACAUCAUGGCUAAUCUUAACUAUAGCUUGGGGCAAGGGUGGGGAACCUCUGGUCCUCCAGGUGUUUGAUUCCAGCUCCCAUCAUGGGCAAUGGUCAGUGUUGAUUCUAGCCCAGCCAUGUCCAAGAGGACACAGGUUCUUCACUCCCAGCUUAGAAAUAUCUUUACUUUUUUUAGCCUUUGUUGCUGUCAGCUAGAACCAGAUUGAGGCUCGGAAACAUAUUUUUAAGUAUGAAUGACAGCACAGUGUUUGGGGGUUCCAUAAAUGGUUACCAACUGUAGGCUUGGAAGCCAUGAUCAAUACUUAGCGUAUAAUCACAGCUACUGGUAUUUCAACUCUGUUAUUUAGUACCUCUGUGGUGGGAAAGAGCCAUAGCUCAGUGGUCGACCAUGUGGCUUGCAAUGAAAAAUGUCCCAGGGUCACUCCCUGGUAGCUUCACUCUGAAGAUCCACUGCCAGGGAUCCACUUAGAUGCAAACUGUUUUUGUGCACUGAUCCUAUCUCAGUCUCUUUCAACUUUCAGAGAGUUGCACUCAUAAGGAACCUGUCUACUUAAACUGUAGGCCAGAAGUAGCAGAACAGCAUUUCAGAACUUCACAGUAAAAGAGGUGUCCAGAAAAUGCUUUAGCUUCUCUUUGCCUUAAAACAAUAUUUUCAAAUGAAUGCCAGUAUAAUUACUCGUAACAAAAUAUUGUAAAAGUGCUUCUGUGCUGAAUCACGAGUAUACAAUCCCAGCUCUCUUCCUCCAUGUAGGUGGAUCAGUUGCAUAUGUAGUUUAAGCAAUAGAAGCUGGAGCAAGAGAUUUAGUUCUCUACAUAAGGAUGAAUAUGUUAAGCAGGUCUAAUCUGCCCUGCAUCUUUCCUGUGUGGAAGGAAUGGCUUAAUUUAGUGUGCUGGCUUUAAAAGGAGAUAGUCAGAUCAAAGAAAAUGCUUCUGUUGGGAAAUAUUGCACCGGCAUGAUUUUCGGAAGUAUCCAGCCAACUUCAAGUGUCUCCCAGUUUAAUAUAAUCCUGGGUACUGUUUAUUCUCUGUACAAGUUGGUUUUUCUUUCCCUUGCUGAAAAAAAAUGCUUUGGUGCUUUACAUAGAGGCAGGUGGGGGUUCACUUAUAAGUAAACUUGUAUAGGUCUCGUAGGUUCUGUUAAAAAGACCGAAAGAUGGAAUUGCUAGGAAUGUAGAUGCUACAUGGAUCAAAGGGGUCCUUUUGAAGUUUCUGCAUGCAUCUGAGAUGAAAGAGAUUUUGAUUGUGCUGCUGCUUUUUUCUGUCCUCUAUAGAGCUGCUGCAAUUUCCUUUUAGUUUAUGAAAAUGUUAAAUGAUUUGCCGAAGGAUAUUUGUAGUAGCUGUUGGAAAUGGGGCACACAGUUGUAGCUUUCUUUUUUACUUGCAUAAACCAAAAUUGCCAUCUUUGUUCACAUCAUAAACAUACAGUUAAUGGCUGCCAUUUUUUUUGGCACAUAGCACAAUUAAGAUGCUGAGACAGAAUUUAGUUUGCCAGUACAGUAUGUCACAGCACUGUUAAAAAAAAAACAGCAAUAAAGUUGUGUCAUUCCUGAUUGUGUUUGGAAGCUGCAGAAAGAAGCAUGUUCAGGAUUUGGAAUGGUUUGUAGGUUGAGCAGUUUGUAGGCUGAAAUUUGUAGGUGUAGCAGGGCCAGUCCACUUUUGAGACAAAGCACCUGGCUCCAAAGGUGUUUUCAUUCCUAGCACCUGUUCUUUGGGCUAAAUGAAAUUUUGCAGAGAAGCACUGCUUUAAUUAAUUCAGAAAAGUUGCUGUGGCUCAGCCAGGCUGGAAAUGAUGAUGCCCAUUUGUCCUGGUUGUCUUGCUUCUUCAGCCUGUAUUUGUGAGAUCAGGCUGAAACUGCUUUGUGAGUAGGGAAGGCAUUCUGCAUGUGCUCAGAGGCACAUAUCCCAGGUCUUGUAUUUUGUGUUUAAAGCUAAUUAUGGUACCAGGCUCUGGCACAAACGAAGCCCUGGGAGAUUAAAGCACUGGUGGGAAUGUGAAGAAUGACUUUCCCUUUUGUGCUGGUCAACCCUGGGGUUAGCAGGAAGGGCUGAAAUGGCAGACGAAUAGAUUUCUGUGCAAUUUUCUCUGAUAUUUCUCUCUCUCUACUUAUAGUGGCCUUCUGUGCCCCAGCAAUCUCCCUCCACAUGGGCUAUUGUCCUGCUUUUGUAAAAAGCUGUUUUCCCAUUCAGAUUUCUUUCCCAUUGACUCCUUUUUAUAUAGGUAAAGCUGGAAGACACUGACUGGUUAAAGGGUUCAUAGUGAACAACAAUUUGAAUUCAAAUUGUCUUGAUCUGUUCCAAGAACUUUAGCCCAUUGAUGGAAAAGCUUUGGGGACAAUGUGCCAGAAAUCCAAAAUGCUAUAGUUGGACUGUAGCACAGCUGUGCAGACUUCCAUUUAUUUUUUCAGCCUCUUGUGCCUUGGGGUGGCUUUGCUUCUAUAUUACAGAUUGGUGGAGCAGAAAGGUGUAUCCUUUCAUAGCUAGACCCAUAGGGCCUACAUGUUCCUGCCUAAGGUUGACACAAAAUCAAGGUGCCUUGCGGUGCCCUGCAGGUUGGCCACCCAUGCUUUAGCCGCUGUCGUCCUCUGGGUGCAUGCCUAAUGCUGCCAUCUUUUCCCCUCCUCAUUCUAUUCCAGGAUCUGAAAAUUACAAACCUGCAAAUUAAUAGGCUAUGCUUAUAAGCACACCCUAAUGGGGAUAAAAUUCAGACGAGUACACUGUCUAGUGUAUUGUUUAAUUUUCUUUUGCUUUGCAAUCUUUGGAACAUUUUGGGUGUCAGAGGUUAUAUGCCAGUGUAAGAAAACAAUUUUUUUAAAAAAAAUUUCAGACUGUUUCAACAUACAGGCAACAGGGCUUAAUAAAAACAAAUAAAACACAACCACUGUGUUAAUUUGAACUGUGCCCUAUCAGUUUGGAUAUUCUCUUUUUUUGUGUACUCUUUUAAAAGUAACUCUGGAAACCUUUCUUGCUUGUUCCUGUUUAGCUAGCUAGCUAGUUCACGAGUCGUGGGGAUCUGAACAACUGGAACCUUUUGAAUGGUAGCAUAGCGUACUCCUUUAAAGACUGUUGUUGGGCAAAGUGUGGUGGUUAUCUAGCUUGCUAAUGCUGAAAAAGAGCAGCAGCUUGGCGUACGCCCCAAACAUCUGCUGCUUUGCAUCUCACUCAUUAUUUGGUGUGUGUGUGUUGGGCAGUCGCCAUUUUUGGAGGAGACACAAAGCUUGUCUCUGUGCCAGAAAGAUAACUCCAGGGCUGGGUGUUUUAUGAGGAGUGUUUGCUUCUGUUUCUGGAUGCCGCUGCCCUGUUUGGAGUUGGUUGUUGUUGCAGGACUGAUAAUGCAUACAAGGAGCUCAUUCUUUGUGCAAAAGAUGCCUGCUGCCUGACUAGGCACUGAUGGCUUUGCAAAGAUGGUGUCCUCCCUUUAUCUCUCUCGUCAUUGCAAGUGGUCUUCCAUUGCCAGAUCUGAUGAGGCAUUGCUGGCCUCAAGCACUUUGGGUCCUCCAGAGCAGUUAUUCAAAUCCAAUGCAUGUGAUUUCAGACACUUUUUGUUUUCUUUUUCCUUCAAAUGCCGCCACAUCCAGCUCCUAACUUCUUAAAAAGGAGAUGGUGUUGGCGUCUUGUCUGGAGACAUCGCUUUCUGAUCUGGAAGUCCCUUUGCCCAAUCCCUGACAAUACAUCAUUUCUUUCUGGUAAGGGAAAUCCACUCUGUUCCUGGUAAAGUCAGUUUCAUCUGUUCAAAUAGUGCAAGGUUCGUUUGUUUGCUGUAGUCAUAUUCUGCCUUGCCACCAACAGGCUCAAAGUGGCUUAUAGUUUGAAUGCUGUUAAAGUUAAGCGAUGCAGUACGAAAGAAAAAAGAGAGAAUAAUAAAAUGGCCACUGGGAUCGAUGAGUGGGGAUUCAGGCUCUUCAGACUAUUUGUUUGAUUCUACUGCUGUCAGGAACAUGGACCAGUUUGCAUUGGUUAACAUUAAGCACAGUUUGUUGGUUUGGCCAAAAUGACAAACUGGUAAACUAAAGCAGAGGUGGAAGUUUCCAAAAUUCUCCUCAUGACCAUGCUGGAGGAAGAAGUGGCCAAGCUUGUGGCUUUGUUAUGGCUUGCUCCAGCUCGUUCACAUCGUGCUAAACCAUGGUUUAGCACAGAGACAGAGGACGAGAUGGUUGGAUAGUGUUCUCGAAGCUACCAACAUGAGUUUGACCAAACUGCGGGAGGCAGUGCAAGACAGGAGUGCCUGGCGUGCUAUGGUCCAUGGGGUGACGAAGAGUCGGACACGACUAAACGACUAAACAACAACAACAACAAACCAUGGUUAGUGCAGGGAUUGGGACCUUGUGCCCUCCAGCUGUCCUCAGCCCCAGGAUUGAUCGGAGUUGAGCCACAGGCUUCCUGUCUCCAGUUCAGAAUGAUGUCCAAAGGUGGCCGUGUGAAUCUUCAGUCCUAUGAGCUAGUAACAUGAAAUGUAGGAUGGUAAAUUCUGUUGUGAAAUUCCAUGCUUGCAUGGCACGAUUACUGAUAAUACAGUCUUGGCUUCAAGCCCAUUGUCUUUAGAUGGCUGGAUCUGUUUAAAUAACAGACAGUUCUAGGUUUUUGUUCUCCCGUAGGCCUUGUAGCAAUUCUACAGAUAAAAUUUGAGAUGCAUUGCAGUAAGAGUUCACUCCGUCUUGCACUUUGCUCAAACUGGCUACAGUGCAGAUCUGAUGAAUAAAUCUGCAAAUGGAGCACCAGCAUCCAGUUGUUCAUACUGUACAGUGAAACCACCUCCUCUGCCAAGGAUUAUCGUGGUGCCAGCUUUUCAGAGAGAUUAUUAGUUUACAGAAGAGAAAACCAAACUUACCUGCUUUCGGUAAUAAGGCAGCAUUACAAGAUAGUAUGGAAAGAAUUCCAGAGAGAAAUUGGAAAGUUUGGGUGUUUUUUCUUUCUGUUCAAGCACUUAAUUGGCGGUCUGGGUUGGGAUGCUGUGUCUCUCUGCAACUUCCCUGACUGUUCAUCCCUGCGUACGGCAUUUCCUCUCUGUUGUUGAGACCAUAUCCUGUGAGUUGCUGCCAACGUUCUUGACAGUUGCAUCCUCUUCACUGAUUCAGGAGACAAAAGAAUAAAGCUGCUCAGAGAGGGAGAUGUAGGGAGCAGAAGAAGAGUGUUUGCUAAACCAGAAAUCUUGCUGUUAGCAGCACAUUUAUAGCCCCCAAAUGGAAAUCUUUAGGGGAACUGGAUGUGGCUUUAUAGUAUCAAACUGCUUGAAGAAUAGCAGUUGCAGGGAAAAUUGAACAAAUGAGAGUUAUAAGGGGCAGAGGCAAACUGGAGGUUUUGCCUGCCACUCUGGCAUUAUUUUACCGUAAUUCAUUUACAAAUUGAGCUGGCAUACUUUAUCCUCCAUCAUCUGCAGCUUUCAAGAUACGGAUCUCAAAACAAGUGUUUAUCAGUUAAUAAUGUUUGUGGAUUAAAACAAGCGACUGUCGAUGAGUGAAAUAGCUGACAAGAAGGCAGGCAGACUGGAAGGGGGCAGCUGCCAAUGCGCCAAGGAGGGCCAGCGGCUCAGCUGGAAGCAUGGAGGAAAGGAGUAAUGAGAAGGUGAACCAGGCCCAUGUCCUCUUUGACCGAUUUGUCCAGGCCUCGACCUGCAAAGGGACUCUCAAAGCCUUCCAGGAGCUCUGCGAUUUUCUAGAGCUGAAGCCCAAAGACUAUCGUACUUUCUACCACAAGCUCAAGUCCAAGCUUAAUUACUGGAAAGCCAAAGCCCUUUGGGCCAAGUUGGAUAAGAGAGGCUGCCACAAGGACUACAAGAAGGGGAAAGUAUGCGCCAACACGAAGUGUCUCAUCAUUGGGGCUGGACCCUGUGGCCUUCGAACAGCCAUUGACCUAUCCUUUCUAGGAGCAAAGGUGGUGGUGAUAGAAAAGCGUGAUGCCUUCUCCCGCAACAAUGUUCUGCAUCUGUGGCCAUUUACCAUACAUGACUUGCGGGGCCUUGGCGCCAAAAAAUUCUAUGGCAAAUUCUGUGCAGGAGCCAUCGACCAUAUCAGUAUUCGUCAGCUCCAGCUGAUACUCUUGAAGGUCUCCUUAAUCCUGGGUGUUGAGAUCCAUGUCAAUGUGGAAUUUCAGGGGCUGCUCUACCCUCCUGAGGACCAGGAGAAUGAGAGAAUAGGUUGGCGUGCACAAGUUCACCCGAAAACUCAUCCUGUGUCGGAAUAUGAGUUUGAUGUGAUCAUUGGCGGAGAUGGAAGGAGGAACACAUUGGAAGGGUUUCGACGAAAAGAAUUCCGUGGCAAGCUGGCAAUUGCCAUUACGGCAAACUUCAUCAACCGCAAUACAACAGCGGAAGCCAAAGUUGAAGAGAUAAGUGGUGUGGCCUUUAUAUUCAACCAGAAAUUCUUCCAGGAUCUACGAGAAGCUACAGGCAUUGAUCUGGAGAACAUUGUCUACUACAAAGACGACACCCACUACUUUGUUAUGACUGCCAAAAAGCAGAGCUUACUGGAAAAAGGAGUGAUAUUGCACGACUAUGCAGAUACAGAGCUCCUUCUUUCGCGGGAGAAUGUGGAUCAGGAAGCUUUGCUCAAUUAUGCCAGGGAAGCAGCUGACUUCUCAACCAAUCAGCAACUGCCAUCGCUGGACUUCGCUAUCAACCACUAUGGGCAGCCCGAUGUGGCCAUGUUUGACUUCACUUGCAUGUAUGCCUCAGAGAACGCAGCCAUGGUUCGAGAAGUAAAUGGCCAUCAGUUGCUAGUGGCAUUGGUUGGGGACAGUCUGUUAGAGCCGUUCUGGCCAAUGGGAACUGGAAUUGCCAGGGGCUUCCUUGCUGCCAUGGAUUCCGCCUGGAUGGUACGAAGCUGGUCUCUGGGAACAAGUCCUUUGGAGGUUCUUGCAGAGAGGGAGAGCAUCUAUAGAUUAUUGCCUCAAACCACCCCUGAGAAUGUGAGCAAAAACUUUAGCCAGUACUGCAUUGACCCUGUCACACGGUAUCCAAACAUCAAUGUCAACUUCCUGCGACCAGCCCAGGUACGUCAUUUGUAUGACACAGGAGACUUGAAAGACAUUCACCUGGAAAUAGAGAAUUUGGUGAACUCCAGGACACCAAAGUUGUCGCGGAAUGAGUCGGUGGCUCGCUCUAGCAAACUCCUGGGCUGGUGUCAGAGGCAGACAGAUGGAUAUGCUGGUGUAAACGUAACCGAUCUUACAAUGUCUUGGAAGAGUGGCCUAGCGCUGUGUGCCAUUAUCCACCGAUAUCGCCCUGACCUCAUAGACUUUGACUCUCUAGAUGAACACAAUGUAGAGAAGAAUAACCAGCUGGCAUUCGACGUUGCUGAGAAGGAGUUUGGGAUCUCUCCCAUCAUGACUGGCAAAGAUAUGGCAUCAGUUGGUGAACCAGACAAGCUGUCCAUGGUCAUGUAUCUCACUCAGUUCUAUGAAAUGUUCAAGGACUCCCUUCCUUCUGGUGAUAACCUGGAACUGAAUGCAGAAGAAAAAGCUGCAUUGAUUGCUUCCGCUAAAUCUCCAAUCUCCUUCUUCAGCAAAUUGGGGCAGAGCAUCUCUCGGAAACGGACACCAAAGGAUAAAAAGGAGAAAGACCUUGAUGGUGCAGGAAAGAGGAGGAAGACAAGCCAGUCAGAAGAUGAGGACUCUUCCCGAAGCUACCGAGAAGAGAGGCCCACUCUGGUGAGCGCCCUGACAGAGAGGAGAAUUGAUGCCGCCGUUGGGAAUCAGAAUAAAGUGAAGUCCAUGGCAACACAGCUGCUGGCCAAAUUUGAGGAGAAUGCACCUGCACAGUCCACAGGCAUCCGGAGACAGUCUGCCCAGCCUUAUCAAGACCGUGCUCUCACCCAGCCAGCCUACCGACAGCGAGAGCAGGGCCGCUUUGCCCCCAUGCCUCAGUGGAAACAGAUGAGGAAAAAGGAGCGUUCUCGGACCUGCCCCAAAAAAGUGAUCAUGCUCUCUUCUUCCUCCAUUUGCACUUCCUCUCCAUCGUACCCCAGUCAGCAGGCAAACAGGGAACCUCAUGGAGAACCAGCUGGAGAGCAGAGUCCCAGACAGCAGCGGAGACCUCACCAGUUCUUUUCAGAUGACCUUGUGCCAGAGCGCACGCUUACCAUUGAGCAGAGGGCAAGCCAGCUGGCUGCCCUCCUGGAGCAAAGGCCAGCAACCAGGCAUCAGCCAGAGAUUGAGCGAUCUCGUCGAUCUGUUGUUGAGCAGUGGGAGAUCUCCCGCAGCCUCCGCUCUUCCAGUCGCCCUUCUUCUCCCUCUUCUGACUCCCUCAGACAGAAGUAUAUAAAGAUGUAUACAGGUGGCGUGAGCUCAUUGGCUGAGCAAAUAGCCAAUCAGCUUCAAAGGAAAGACCAACCCAAAACCCUUCUAGACAAGAAGGAACUGGGUUCCUUGAAAAAAGAAUUCCCUCCGAAUGUGGGAGGCAGUGAUGUCUGCUACUUCUGCCACAAGCGAGUCUACGUGAUGGAAAGGCUGAGUGCUGAAGGCAAAUUCUUCCACCGCAGCUGCUUCAAAUGUGAAUACUGUGCUACAACCCUGCGCUUGUCCUCUUAUGCCUACGACCUGGUGGAUGGAAAAUUCUACUGCAAGCCUCACUACUGUUACAGACUUUCAGGUUAUGCACAGAGGAAGAGACCAGCAGUGGGCCCUCUGUCAGGAAAGGACAGCAAAGGGACCCAGCAGGACAACAUGGCAGCAGACGGUGCAGGGCGUGCAAACUCCAUCUCAACUUCGUCAGAGAGGACUCCAGUUCCCAGUGUAAAUGGCGUAGAGGAACCCAGUAUUGCGAAGAGACUGCGUGGCACACCAGAGCGGAUUGAACUGGAGAAUUACCGUCUCUCGGUACAACGGGAAGAGGAAUUGGAAGAAGUCCCUGAGGAGACCUUGGCAGAGCACAACCUGAGCAGCGUGCUAGACAAAGGAACAGAAGAGGAUGUACCCAGCAGUAGUUCAGAAUCUGAGAUGGAGGAAGAAGAGGAGGAAGAAGAACAACCACAGCAGCCCACCUCUGACCUGGGUGGUGUGCCUUGGAAAGAGGCUGUGCGGAUACAUGCCAUGCUGAAGGGCAAGAGUGAGGAAGAGCUGGACACAGAGAAGAAUCAUGACAAUGAAGCAGAGGAGGAAGAGGAAGAAGAGGAGGAGGAGGAGGGAGAAGAAGAGGAAGAAGUCUCUAGUGAAGAGGGAGAGUAUUACCCUUGGGAGAGAGAACUUCAGCAAGGCCUCUGGCUUCAACGUCUCUCAAAUGAAGAGGACACGGGUACAUUUAAAGCUGGAAACCUGAGGCUGCAGCAGAUAGUAAAUCCGAUUGAUCCCCUGGCGAUCUUGGCAGAUGUGCAUUGGACACACAUCCGUCAGAAAGAGGAGGAGGAAAAACUGGGCCCUACUUCUAAGUCCUCCACCUCCAGAGCAUCGGACCUUCCCUCCAUACGCCACGAGGCAGUGCGGGCGUGGCUGGAAGCAGUCCCAGGAGCCCUGUGUGAGGAGAAUGACUAUGAAGAUGAGGCAGGCACCGAGCCUGCAGAAGCUAUUGAAGAUGGGGACACAGGUGCAGAGUUGGAUGAUGAUGACAUCCCAUCAGAUGCAGAAGCAGAGUGCCGCUUGCAUCAAAAAGAGGCAGAAGAAUUGGAGCUGAAAGUCUCUGAAAAAGAAGAAGAAGAAGAGACAGCUGCCCCUUCCAUUGAGACAGAAGACCCUUGCAAGCUCUGUCUGCCUGAUCAGUCACCGUGUGAGAGGGCUGCUCUGCCUACUCCAGCUGAAAAUCACAAGGAAGAAGAAAAAGAAGACUCAAAGGAGCUUCUUGCAACAGUGCCCUGCAAAGAUGAAUCCCCAGAUGUACGGUUUUUCCCUGAACCGUUCCUCCCAGGAGAGGAAGCACAAGUCAAGAUCUCUGAUGACCAAAAAGUCAAAAGCCCACCUGUACCACUCUCUCCAAUACGGUCCCAGCCAGUUGCAAUGCCUGAGACCAUCACACCAACAUCACCUGUGAAAUCGCAGCCAGCAACUCCUGCAGUACCUGCAUCUCCACCUGCCACCCCCUUGCCUAUUUGUUCACAGCCUUUACCCUCUGGUGAAGCAUCCAUUCAAUCUCCAGGGGAACCUGUGUGCUUCCAACCAGUCCCAGCCUUAACCUCCACUCCUUUGACCAAGCUUGCCCUAAAAAAUCAAGAUGGAGAGGUGGAAAAAUUGGGGAGCCCUACCACAGCAGAAGAAGCUUUGAAAAGGAAUAACCUUGUGGAGGAGUUCUGGAUGAAGAGUGCUGAAAUCCGGAGGAGUUUGGGUCUCACACCUGUGAACAGAAGCAGGGGUCCAGAGCCAAGCUUUACCAUUUCCCCCCUUGAGUCUGCCCCCCUGAAAACAUACACUCCUGAGCGUAUUUCAGAAGAGAAGGGGAUCCACAUUGUAAAACCUCAGUCAGCCCCAAAGAAGCCAGUCACAGCGAAGCUAGACAGUGAGCAGUUUUCUUUGCUGACUCCAAAAUCCCCAUCCGAGAGAGAGCUGAAAAAUUUGAGUGAUGUUAAGAGAGAGCUGUCCAGCAGUUCUGGACUGGGUCUUCAGGGCAGUUCAUCAAACAUGAGAACAUUGGCCAGCCAGAGUUUCAACACUUCUGAUUCCACCAUGCUCACUCCUCCAUCCAGCCCUCCUCCUCCACCACCUCAAAAUGAAGAGCCAGCAACCCUGCGAAGAAAAAGGCAUCAGGCAACUUGGAAGAAUGAGGCUGAGUCUAAGCCAGCUUCUGUGCAAACACCUCACCCGCCACCAGCAGCCAUAGAAAGGAUCCGGCCAGCCAGGGAGCCAUCCCAACCCUCCAGAGAGGAGGUGCGGAAAUCAUUUGUGGAGAGUGUGGAUGAGAUACCAUUUGCUGAUGAUGUGGAGGACACUUAUGAUGAGAGGACUGAGGAUUCGAGCAUCCAUGAAAAAUAUUACACGCCCCCCAGUAGGCCGAGGCCAGAGAAGCCUCUUCACCUACAUUUUGUUAAAGAGAAUGGUGGGCCACCAUCAAUGGAAGGGGGAAGCCAGCAAAAGAGAGGCCUCCCUCAAGUCUCUGCAGAAGCGAAGGAGCUAGCAGAGGAAAGAAUGAGAGCCAGAGAGAAGUCCAUCAAGAGCCAGGCCUUACGUGAUGCCAUGGCUAAGCAGCUAUGCAAGAUGAAAGAUCUGGAGAUGGCCAAUGCUGCUGGUGCCGCCAAGUUGCACAAGGCAUCUACCAUGCCUUCAAAGACCAAAGAGCUGUAUUUUGAAUCCCAGAAGCAUUUGGGUAUGAAAGCUGGGGAAGGCCCCACGCUGAAACACGAGGCUAGUGGUGACAGGUUCUUUUCACCCUUUGCAGACACCAGUGGGCGUGAUGGGUCAGUCACAUCCUCGGAAGGCUCUGGAGGGAAGAGUAAGAAAAGGACUUCUCUUUUCUCCCCCCGCAAGAACAAAAAGGAGAAGAAGUCCAAGAAUGACAGCAAGCUCUCUGACAAAUCCAGCAGUGCAGCUGAAGAAGCCACAAAGCCCAAAUCACUGUGGAAGUCUGUGUUCUCUGGCUAUAAGAAAGACAAGAAGAAAAAGACAGAUGACAAAUCCUGCCCUAGUACACCUUCCAGUGGGGCCACAGUGGAUUCUGGGAAGCAUAAGGCGUCUCCACUAGUUAGAGCAGCAGAUUUGCAACUACGUCGACACUUAAGCUUCUCUGAGGACUCUGACCUCUCCAACGAUGACGUCUUAGAGCGCUCUUCACAGAGAUCCAAGCGAGAGUCGAUUUACGUCCCACACGCCUUGGCAUUCAAGAGAUCAUACGCAUCAAAGAAAGCAUAUACGGAGGAUGAGCUCAACGCCAAACUGACCAGGCGGGUGCAGAAAGCUGCUCGCCGUCAAGCCAAGCAGGAGGAGCUGAAGAGGUUACACAGGGCUCAGAUUAUCCAACGACAGCUGGAACAAGUAGAAGAGAAGCAAAGGCAGCUGGAGGAAAGGGGAGUUGCUGUUGAGAAGGCUCUUAGGGGAGAAGCAGUUGAGCCCAAUGCCGGGACACCACGCCGUAGACCUCUCUCCUUCUGUCCUUGCUGUGCCCAUGAAGAAACCCUCUAUAACAACCUUGUUAUGAAGUGUGUCUGGCAGGAUCGUAAAGGCAUGGGGAAGAAGGACGACCCCAAGCUGAUGCAGGAGUGGUUCAAGCUGGUGCAAGAGAAGAAUGCCUUAGUGCGCUAUGAGUCGGAGCUCAUGAUAUUCGCUCGGGAGUUGGAGCUGGAGGACAGGCAAAGCAGACUACAGCAAGAACUUCGGGAGAGGAUGGCAGUGGAAGAUCACCUAAAGACAGAUGAAGAGUUGUCAGAAGAGAAAAGGAUCCUGAAUGAAAUGCUAGAGGUGGUGGAACAGAGAGAUUCUCUUGUGGCCCUCCUCGAAGAGCAGCGACUCCGGGAGAAGGAAGAAGACAAGGACCUAGAGGCAGUCAUGCUGUCCAAGGGAUUCAACUUAAACUGGUCCUGAGCUUAGCAGCGCACUCGUCUGCCGAUCUGCGUUGCCCAAUUGGCAUGUGCCAAGUUGGCUGGAGCUGCCUGGAUGGAGGAGAUACCUUGGCAUAGAAACCUCUUGAGGGUUCUUGCAGCGCCCGAGUGCUUCUUCCUGAGAGGGGGUUGGAUCGAAAAGUGCUGAGGCCUGUAUGAGGCCUGCAAACCUCAAGCCUGAGGUGGUCAGCUGAGGUUGUGUGCCUUCCUCAAGGACCUGUGCAAAGAGGCCAUUGAGUUUUUGUGAUCUCUGAGAGAGGCUAAAAAAUGAAAUGAAAACAUUUUAUUAAAUUUAUAAAAAUACACCACAACUUUAACCAAUUCAGGUGGGCCAUAGCUUGUCUGUUUCAUAUUUACUUAGCUGGUUGUGUUCUUGUUUUUGUUUUGAAAUACAAAGGUGAGAAGUGGCUACUCUCUUCUGAAGCAUCACCCUGCAGCAGCCCACGGGAGAGCAAACCACUCUGUACCCCAGAGCACACUGUGUGUAUGUUUAAGGUUCUCCUCACCAAAGAAGCCUGAAGCUGCCAUUAUUGUCUGGGUAUGGAGGAACCCUGAAUUCAGAGAGGACUGGAGACUUGGAAGGCUGGCUGACAUGAAAUACUUGCCCCAUGUGGUUUCUACAGAAGAUACAGGCUCCGGUGGACUAGCUCUCUUUGCUGCAGCCUCCACAAGUUGCCAUUGUUCUAAGAGGGGAAGAGCGUGUAAGCCACCUCCUUUCUGCCAUGCAGUGCUCUGGACUGAAAGUCACAAUUUUCCUGUCUCCAUUGACAUUAGACUGCUCUGUUGUGAACCUUGUGACAAUUUUGACACUGGAAAGUGCUGAUUUUGAAGAUGGGUUACUUAUGAAGCAGUUUGCGGGAGCUCUUGGAUGAAACCCCUUUCUUCGAAUCCCCCAAGAAUGGACUCUCAAUGGGUUUUUGUUUUUUGUGUGUAUAUAUAUCUAUAGAUAUAUAUCUUUAUUAUUUUUUGCACGUCAGAAAUGAAGCAAAAGACCUACCCGGGCCCUUUAGUCACUUUAGACCCUUUAAUGUCUAUUAACUUAUUUUUUAAUACUUGAAAGAUUUGGGUUUUAUACCUUUUUAAGAAGUGAGCAAAUGUUUGAGUGGUGAAUCUGUGUGCCUGCUGCAUUCCCCAACCUUUUUCUUUUGUUGUUGUUCUUAUUUUUAAUUUGCUGUUCUCCCUUUCCCUGUACCUAUUUAUUAGAGUUCUAUUAAUGCUGUUACAGUUACAUGCUACUUUUGAUGUGUAGAGCAGGUGCUUUUAUGUUCCAGGCUAUUCUACUUUGGACUUGUCCCUGCACCAAGUUGAGGGGCAACCCUAGGAAAUACGCAGGCCAGGUUCCCAGGUAGGGUGUCUUCUCAAUUAAGCUGCAUCCUCACAAAGAGAGCUCACAAAGCUGAGUGGUGAUGGCAGACUUCGCUCCUGCACUCCAUAUCCUCUGUUCCUGAAUGACAAACCUGUGCUUAUUUUAACUACUGCUGUUUAAGGUUUUUGUAAUUAUAAUUGUGGCAUUGCCACUUUACCCCAUGUAUUUUAAAAACAAACAAACCACAUGCUGGCUCUGUAAAAAUCUGCCUCCCAAGGGAAGGAUUAGCACAAGCCCCACUGGUUUUGUCCUAGGGCCUUCAUUCAGUUGGCUCAGAAAAGGUCUUACAGUGCAGUAGCAAAUAGGAAAUAACACAGAAUAGACUCUUGUCUAUAACCAGCUGAGAGGUUCCAUAAGCACACCAUGUCUUUCACAAUAACUUUCUCAAAAGUGCCGACCUGUCACAUACAGAAUUUUCCAUUUGCAUUUUUUUAGCUCCAGUUGGGCUUAGUUUAAAGAAAGCUGUAGUUCUAUUCUCCAAACAAAGUGCAGACUAUUUUUUUAAUUAACUUUUUUUAGGGAAGCACUCAUCCCAAGAAAUAGACAUGUCCUUUAAAGCAGCCACCAUCUUAAGUUUUUAAAACAGGAAAUGCUGUGUUUUCAAAACAGGAAAGGCUAGCGAGAAAAAAUGGGGAAAGGUUUUUAAACACCCACCCACUUCCUUGUUUAAUGAAAUGUCAGUACUGAUGACGCAGAACAGAAAGCUGUCGAAACAACAGCAUGUGUUGAAAUGUAGCGUCAGAAGAUUUUAUGCCAAAGGGGUACCAUGCCUGGCAUUUGUUGAAUAUUAAGAUAUUGAAAGAUUGUGAUGAUACACUGGCAGAAUUCAUACCAGAGCAAGCAGGACUUGUGUGUUCAUGGGUUCGUGAGACACUGGGGGGGGGGGUUGUUCACUAGGACCGGUGUUUAUAUGUAGCUUUCAAAAUGGAGGGGACGAAUCUCUGGCUUUUCUAAUAUUACUGGACUACAAUUCUCAUAAUCCCUGACUACUGAGCAUGCUGGAUGGGGCUGAUGAGAGUCCAACAGGAGUCCAAGGUUAGUCACCCCAAUUGAGGAAGAAAAAGAAAAUACCGGUAUGACUUCUAUUGUCUCAGACAGCAUCUUUGACAUCUGUAGAGACCAACAGGGGAGUGUAUGGCAAAAGGUUGAGAAUGGAAGUUAAACUCCCCUUCGUUUAGGAUGGGGCUAGAAUUCAGUUGUUAAAAUUUGGUGUCUAGCCACAUGAAAGAGGCAAAUUUGCAUUAACUAUUUCUGCUGUGCCUGGUGCAAUUUGUAAUGGAACUGAGAAAAUAGAUUGUUCUGUAAAGUGGUAGAAAUUGAACUCGCUUUUAUCUGUUCUUUGAAUUUUUCACUGUAGGAAAACAUUGACACACUAAGCUUCUUCCUAAGCUGCCUAUAGCUGCAUGUGGAAUGAGAGUAGAACAGUCUGUCUGAGAAAGUGGAAGGGAAAGUCCAUUUCAGCUCCAGUGCAGCUGUGUAGCUCUGCCUCUAGUUAGCCCAGACUUCUUUUGGGCAGCUAAGACUCCCUUGUCACUAGAACUGCGGUGUUUUAGAGCCCAUGGCAGCACCAGGAGCAUUAAUCAUAUUUCCUCUUCCACUCUUAACAUUUCCUGUAAUGUGUUGUGUUGAUUGUGCUCGAUCCUGCUGUCAGUCAAGAGGUUUCUUUAAAUGCAGUGUCUGGCCCUCCUUUUAUGACACGGUGCUAAUGCAGAAGUAACAAGCACACCUGUUGCAUCCUCUGGGUUUUUAAUAUGUUUUUUUUAAAAAAAAUACAUCCAGGUCAAAGGCAUUUUAGAGCAUCUACAAAUAUGUCCAGAGUUGCAUGACCCAGUGGCACAAAUUCUUUUUAUGGCAAAAAAAAACAAAGUUGAUGCCCUCCCCCACCCCAAUGGUUUUAAGAAAAUGUAUUUAACAGAAUGUUUACAUUUAGGCCCUGAGAUGAAAGUGGUGUAUUAGUUUUCCAGCCUCAUGUUUAAAAAAGAAAAUGCUGUGAUUAUUUGCAAUAAAAAAUGUACCACGAAACAGUCUGUUUGAUAUGAAGAGGUAGAGGAGGGUAUUUCUCUCUCGAUGCAUGAGAAGAGGACAGAAGGCUUCCAAAGAAUUGCUGCCUUCAAAAGCACUAGCAGUGGAACUUCAUAAGCAAGGAAGGUAGAUGAGAAUGUCACUAAAGCUAUUGGAGGAAGGGAUGUCAUGUUUUGAUGGCAUUGUAGUAAUUUAAUUUUAUACACACACACACACAUAUAUAUAUAAAGAAGUAUGUAUGUGAAACAACCCUGUCCCAAGGAACUGUGGUAUCUUCCCCUUGGGACAGGUGGGAACUCUGAUAUUCAGACUGUUUUAUUGUUGGCGUGUGUGCAGUGUAACAGGAAAUUGUGUACCGUACCUGUUUUCAUGUCUAAAACAUCCCAACCCCUGUUUUAUUUCCUCUUUUUUUGGUUGCAUUUCAUUCUGUACGUUCUUAUGCACACUUGCUUUGUUGGUGUUGAGAGUUUAGCACCUCAGGUCACCAACGUAACUAAAAAAUAAAAUAAAAAAUAAAAGUCA